CACAUUUUAGCCACCCCAAUGAGGAAAUAAUCAACUGUAUACAGUCAGUGUAGAUGAGUAGUUUGAUUUCAGAAAGCACCAGGUCCUGAGACUGUAGGAGAGACACCCAUAUCUGUGUUUUCUUGCUAAGGAAUCAGUACCUGGUUUGCUUUUGAGCAGGACGGGAGAGAGCGUCCUCUUUCUUUGCCUGAAAUUUCAAUUCAAUUGUGCUGCUCGUUUUUCUCAUAAAAACAUUGCUGCCAUUGAAUGGGAGCUGUGAUAUUCGGCACGCUCAGAGCUCUGCUAUAAGGAAAAGAACGUCUUCGUAUUCGUUCGGGAUGCCUCGCGAUUACUAUGAGGUACUGGGAGUGGAGCGAGGCUCGUCUGAAUCCGACAUCAAGAAAGCGUACAGGAAACUUGCCAUGAAAUGGCACCCCGACAAAAAUCCAGGAAACGAGUCGGAGGCCGAGGUUCGCUUCAAGGAGAUUGGAGCUGCGUACGACGUGCUGAGUGAUACACGUAAGAAGGAGCUGUAUGACCGCUAUGGCCAUGAAGGCUUGGAAUCAGGUGGAGCAGGAAGCUCAGACUUUGAGAGUGCUGACAUGCCGCAGUUCUUCCAGUUCCGCUCGGCCGAUGAGAUCUUCAGGGAGUUCUUUGCCAACGACCCGUUCAUGGAGCAGUUCCUCUUCGCCGACCCGUUGAUGGCGCAGUCAAAUUUUGCGCAUCAUCAAUUCUUCCCUCAGGCGCACCACUCGCAAACACAGCAUAACCAGCAUGCUCGCCAACACCAACAUCAACAUCAACGGCAGCAGCAUCCACCGCAUCAUGAGCAACAGCAGUACAAUAGCAGAGGAGCUCGAGGCAGACGUCGCGGGGAUGAACGGGACGGGGGCCAUGACGACAAUCACCGCAGCGAUCGGCACCGGUCGCAAGGCGGUAGCAGCAGCCGGGGUCAGCAGCAGUCGCACGCGCACCGCGAUCCGUUCCACGCCCAUCAUUCCAUAUUCGUGCCCGCCACCCCGCUUGUGGACUCAUUCGUUCCGUUUUCCCAGUUCGGUGGAAUGGGCCUCUUAGGUCCUGCAGGCGGCGGAGGAGGCGGUAUGAUAUCAUCGCAUGCGGGUGGAGCAGGUGGUAUGAUGUCGUCAUCAAUGUCAUUCAGCAGUAGCGGUGGCUUGGGAGGAGGAAUGAGUAUGUCGCAGAGCUCGACGACCACGCGAGUUGUCAACGGCACGACCAUCACGACGAAGCGAACGGUUACAGACGGCGUGGAGAACGUCUCGGUCUAUCAGGAUGGGAAGCUGACGUCGCAGUCGACGAAUUACGUCAAUGGCCCAAUGCAAAACGCCCACAGUAUAGGGUUUUGACGAGUGGUGGCAAUGAGCUUGAUUCGUGUGAGUACGCUGGUAUGCAGCUUGCAUCCGUGCACACUUUUUCUGUGUGCUGCUGUCACAAGAGCGCGCACACACACACGCACGCACAACAACGCCCGCACGCACAGAUUCACAUCAUAUAGAAGGUGCCUGAGCGCGGCGGUGAACUGCCAGAAGCUGACGACUCCCAACUUACCGCUUUAUAACUGUACAUGUGCGAUGCAUUUAACCCGCUGUUGAGUCGCCUCUCUUUGUUUUCAAAUAACUAGCUCAUAGUCCUUAAAAACAGAGAGCCAAACUGCCACUAUAUUUUGCUAGUCGAGGGCUCGGUGCACACCGUAAUUAUACGACUUGUUCCUAGUCAACAAUUGGCGUGUGAGCAACACUGGCUGGCUCACACUCAAUCACUUGUUUCUAGUCAACAAUUGGCGUGUGAGCAACACUGGCUGGCUCACACUCAAUCACUUGUUUCUAGUCAACAAUUGGCGUGUGAGCAACACUGGCUCACACUCAAUCACUUGUUUCUAGUCAUUCGCGAAAAGUAAGUUCACGCUAUAAGUACUUGUAGUGUUUUGUGAGCAUGUCCAAGGAAACUAGGGCUGUACGCAUGGCAUAGACUCAGACACAUAAACAAAGCAUAAGCGUACCAUCUUAUCUCUCACAGUAGUAGCAUUAAAAAUCUUGCGUCUUCUUUUUUUUUCUUUUUUUCAUCAAGAAUAUCUCACUUUCUGAAAGAAUAUCUCAUGCUCUUAUCAUUAUCAAAUCUUCCUGUCGAAUCAUGUCACUUUAUUCCUCAUGCAGUUAUAUAUCUGAUGAAUUUUGGAUUAUUUUUGUUCGCUUGCGUGGACUUUUCUUGUCAUGCUUUUACUGGGUUUUUUUUGCCACAUGCUAUGCAUGUUUUGUUCGCUGCAAACGACAUGAAUCUGCGUCGUUUCUGCUGUGCCUGUGUCUAAGGCGUUGCUGCUGUCGCCGCCGCUGUCGGUGUUACGUGUUCCGUUGUGUUGUUUUCGCUUUGCCGUGCCGCUGGCCAUGCUGUCUUGAUGUUGCCGUGGUGGUGGCGUGCCUUGCCAUAUACUGGCGGCUAAGCCUUCUGGUUAAGCUUUUAAGCUGCUUAUGAUCUGCGCAGUUCUGCA